UGAAUGGACCCUCUCCUGUCUGGAAUGAUCAGCUGGAAUUUGACCUGAACGUAUCUGAUAUUCCAAGAAUGGCUCGUCUUUGUCUGGUUCUGUAUGGUAUUGACACAAGUAAAAAGAAAAAGCAAAGAGAAAGUAUUGCAUUGGCCUGGGUCAACACUCCUUUGUUUGAUUUCCGUGGUCAUCUUCGACAAGGAAUCGUCAACCUCACAACUUGGCCUGUCACAGAAACAUUACCAGAGAAACUGAAUCCUAUUGGGACAGUUGUCUCUAAUAUAAAUACAACCACCUCACCAACAGUGCUGAUAGAGUUCCAGCGUUAUUCAAAUACAGUCGUGUAUCCGCCUUAUGACAUGAUUGUUCAACUUGCUGCUGAGAACACAAAACAAGAAUCAUUUAUAUAUUUCAGUGAAGACGAAGUAGAAAAGUUAAAAAAAAUCAUUCAAAAGGAACCUCUUUCACCCAUCUUUGAGAAUGACAAAGAAUUUGUAUGGAAAUUGAGGAUUGAAUGCCGUGAGAACUAUCCAUAUGCUCUUGGAAAACUACUCAGCUGUGUUAAAUGGCACUGUAAGGAGGAUGUUGCUCAGAUGCAAGUUCUUUUACAAAUCUGGACUCCCUUAGAACCCGAGAUGGCACUUGAGUUACUUGACUACAAUUAUGCUGAUCAGAGAGUCAGAGAGUUUGCAGUUCGAUGCAUUGAAAAAAUGUGUGACAGUGAUCUUGAACAAUACAUGCUACAGCUUGUACAGGUUCUGAAGUAUGAGAAUUACCUUGACUGUGAUUUAGCCAAAUUCCUUCUCAAACGGGCUUUGAAGAACCAGAAUAUAGGGCAUAUAUUGUUCUGGUUGCUCAAGGCAGAAAUGCACAACCCUGAAGUGUCUAUUAGGUUUGGCUUAAUGCUUGAGGCCUACUUGAGAGGUGCUCCAGAACACAUGAAAAAACUUCAAAAGCAGGUUGAGGCGCUCAGCAAGCUGAAAAUGAUCAGCACUUUGUUGCGCAAUGUGGAUGGUAAGAACAAGGAGAAAGGGCUGAAUGCCAUGAGGCAGUCUUUACAACAGAAAACAUACAUGGAUGCCUUUUCAAAGCUUACUUCACCUCUUGACCCAAGCUUUAGACUACGACAAUUAAAAAUUGACAAGUGUAAGUUCAUGGACUCAAAAAUGAAGCCUUUGUGGUUGAAUUUUGAUAACUUUGACGAAUUAGGCGGACCUGUCAAGAUUAUCUUCAAAAGUGGCGAUGAUCUUCGACAAGACAUGUUGACACUCCAGCUCAUAAGAGUCAUGGACCGUCUUUGGAAACAAAACGGGCUUGAUUUAGAAAUGAUUCCUUAUGGAUGCUUGUGUACUGGCAACAAUGUGGGACUGAUUCAAGUUGUCGACAACUCAGAAACACUUGCAAAAAUCCAGAAAAAGCAGUCCGGUGCCAUUUCGGGUGCUUUUGGUAAAACGUGCCUYUGGGACUGGUUAUCACAAUGCAAUGAAAAGGAACAAAUGGAAGAAGUAACAAGAAAGUUCACAUUGUCAUGUGCUGGGUAUUGUGUUGCUACAUAUGUACUUGGUAUUGGAGAUCGACAUAGCGAUAACAUCAUGGUCACCAAAACUGGACAGGUUUGUGCWUAACAAACUUCACCACUAUUUUAUUAUUGUUGUUUUMGCUAAUUACGCAGUUGUUGUUGAUCAAGGUUGUAAUUAUAURUCAGAGGUUGCCAUUGAUUUUGUUGAUAUUKUUYUGYYCUCGUCGUAAUCCUGGUUAACUCUUCCAUCUCUGUUUAAAAACAGUCUUAUUAUUAUUUAACAAGAAAACAGGCUCGAUUCGUAGUUUUGUAAAGAUAGACGGUAACUCUUUAAUUCAAGCAGUACCGAAGAUAGCUUAAAUUCUGUAUAACUUAAUUCGCAUAAUACGGAAGUUGUAGAUCAAUGUUUCGUUAUGACGUCACGGCAUGAUAUGGCGUCACAUGGGGAACAUACUGGCGAAAGACAAUGAAAAGUUUGACUAAACCUAGAUGCAUGUUUCGAUUGAUAGAUAAUGAGCAAGAAAAUUAAGCAUCAACUUUAUCGCCUUCAAAGAGGUGGACACUAUAGAUAAUAGUGUAAUCGCUGAGACCAAAGUGGCGUCUUGUAUACCACUAGAUAUCGUAAAUAUUUUGAUACCUUUAAGCACGGCAAAGGCCAGGUUCUAUGGUAAACUCUACUGGCAUAAUGAUAAAAAUCUUCUGAUAACAAUGGUUGUGUUAUUCAGUAUGGCUAAAUUCGACGCCGAUUAGGCCUGGUGCAGAAAGCGAACAUCGUUCCARCAUGACGUAAUGCCACAGGAAGCCCAAUCUCAAAGUAAAUUCAAAGUAAUUUCGUCGUUUUGCGAAUGGUCGGAUAAUUUUAUCAACUCAGC